AAUGGAGUGAGGCUCUUCUGGGCCCUUGGAGCACCUCUCUCCCUUGUCUGCUCAGAAUAUCAGCUUGUUUCGGGGCCAACUGGGUACAUGGAAAACUCUAUUUCCUACAGUGCUAUUGAAGAUGUUCAACUGCUCUCCUGGGAGAAUGCCCCUAAGUACUGUUUACAGCUCACAAUCCCGGGGGGUACUGUCCUACUUCAGGCUGCAAACAGCUACCUGAGGGAUCAGUGGUUCCAUUCUUUGCAGUGGAAGAAGAAGAUUUACAAGUACAAGAAGGUGCUGAGUAACCCCAGUCGCUGGGAGGUGGUGCUGAAGGAGAUCCGGACGCUGGUGGACAUGGCACUGACGUCCCCGCUGCAGGACGACUCCAUCCACCAGGCACCCCUGGAGAUUGUCUCCAAGCUGCUCUCAGAGAACAACAACUUAACCACUCAAGACCAUGAGAGCAUUAUUGUGGCAAUUGCACCUUUGCUGGAAAACAACCAUCCUCCUCCUGACCUCUGUGAAUUCUUCUGCAAGCACUGCCGAGAGCGCCCGCGGUCCAUGGUGGUGAUCGAGGUGUUCACCCCAGUGGUCCAGAGGAUUCUCAAACACAACAUGGAUUUUGGGAAGUGCCCUCGGUUGCGGCUCUUUACUCAGGAGUACAUUCUGUCUUUGAAUGAGCUGAAUGCUGGAAUGGAGGUGGUGAAGAAGUUUAUUCACAGCAUGCAUGGUCCAACAGGACAGUGCCCACAUCCCAGGGUCCUGCCAAAUCUUGUAGCUGUCUGCUUAGCUGCCAUUUAUUCCUGUUACGAGGAAUUUAUCAACAGUCGGGACAAUUCGCCAAGCCUGAAGGAAAUUCGGAACGGCUGCCAGCAGCAGUGUGACCGAAAGCCCAAUCUCCCCCUCCGCCUUCUUCACACGAGUCCUGACCUGGUCUCUCAGGAGGCCACCUUGACUGAAUCCCGUCUCAAACCAGUUAUUGUCACUUCCAACGAGAUCCACGUGGAAGUGGAGCGCAACAACACAGCCAACCAGAAGAUGACGGCCGGCGUUGGCAACGACAGCGAGCCCAACCUCAUCGACUGCCUGAUGGUCAGCCCCACCUGCAGCACCAUGAGCAUCGAGCUGAGUGCCCAGGCAGACAGGAUCCUGGGCUGCUACGUGGAAAUACUCAAGAUGCUGUCAGACUACGAUGACUGGAGACCAGCCCUGGCCAGUUUGCUUCAACCUAUCCCGUUUCCCAAGGAGGCUCUCGCACAUGAGAAAUUCACAAAGGAGCUGAAAUACGUGAUUCAGAGAUUUGCAGAAGACCCGAGGCAAGAAGUCCACUCGUGUUUGCUGAGUGUGAGGGCUGGCAAAGACGGCUGGUUCCAGCUCUACAGCCCUGGAGGAGUGGCCUGUGAUGAUGAUGGAGAGCUCUUUGCCAGUAUGGUUCAUAUUUUAAUGGGAUCCUGCUAUAAAACAAAGAAGUUCCUGCUUUCACUGGCUGAAAAUAAAUUGGGACCUUGCAUGCUGCUGGCUUUGAGGGGUAACCAGACGAUGGUAGAGAUUUUGUGUUUGAUGCUGGAAUACAACAUCAUUGACAAUAAUGACACCCAGCUCCAGAUCAUCUCCACCCUGGAAAGCACAGACGUGGGAAAGAGAAUGUAUGAACAGCUGUGUGAGAGGCAGAGGGAGUUAAAGGAGCUGCAAAGAAAAGGUGGCCCCACAAGGUUAACACUGCCAUCCAAGUCCACAGAUGCAGACCUGGCACGCCUGCUAAGCUCGGGAUCUUUUGGGAAUCUGGAAAACCUCAGCCUGGCCUUUACCAAUGUGACAAGUGCUUGUGCUGAGCACCUCAUCAAACUGCCUUCGCUCAAGCAGCUGAACCUGUGGUCAACUCAGUUCGGCGACGCGGGGCUGCGGCUCCUGUCCGAGCACCUCACCAUGCUGCAAGUGCUCAACCUGUGCGAGACCCCGGUCACGGACGCCGGGCUGCUGGCACUGAGCUCCAUGAAGAGUCUGUGUAGUUUAAAUAUGAACAGCACCAAACUUUCAGCAGAUACCUACGAAGAUCUCAAGGCUAAACUCCCCAACCUGAAGGAGGUGGAUGUCCGCUACACCGAAGCCUGGUGAACUCGCCCUGCCUCUGACUCUUCUCUUUUGCUUCUCGUGAGAAGGAAAAGAUUUUUAAAACAGACAGAUUAAAACAAACCAGAAAAAUAACUUUUGGCCAAUUCCUGUAGAGCAGUGAGUCUGGGGACUUGGUGGCAAGAGUCGUGGUUGUGGGGUAGCAGAGUGGAGUUGUGUGUGUUGGGAGGACGGGGCAAGCCUGCACCCCAUCGGAUUCUUUCAGCUUUGUGAUUUCAGAAUCAACAUAAUUUAAAUUGAAAAGGAAACAAGCAAACAAACAAAAGGACUUUGUAGCAGCAAGAGGAUUAUAAAGAGGAAAAAAACACCUUUGUGGAUUUUAUUUGCCUUUGUGUUUUAUGCCGUGUGGAGAAAAAAAAUAUAUUCCUUUAUCCUUACUUACCUGGGUUUCCUUGGCUGGCACCCAGCCAGCCAGAACUCCUGUUUCACCAGUUUUGCUCCAGAAAAUCAAACUUCAAAAAUCUCAAGAGAAGAAAACCAAAACCAAUAUGAUUUUCACCUCCCCCAUGUCCUUGCAGUUGUUAUGCAAAGUAAUUUCGUUGUACAUAAGAUUUACAUAAUGCACCUAUUUAAGAAAAUGGUUCACAAAUAACAGGUCUGGGACCUGUCUUUUAUUUAUGAAUUGUUAAUUCUUUUACCCUUUUUUUGCGUAUAGUACUGUAUAAACUAGUUUGCUGUCUUGUUGUUAUUAUUAUUUUUUUUUUAAGGAAAUGUCCUCCUUGAAGAAUUGCCUUUCAGUAAUGCAAACUGUAUUAUACUCCCUCUUUGUCAACAUUCAUCGCGUUGUCUGUUUGAUUUCAAAAUGCCUCAAAUGUUAUCAAAUAGGAAGGAAAAUCUUUAUCAAGGGGGGCGUGGUUGUUGGGGGAGGGGGUGCAGGGAUUAAUAAAAGUCACAAUUCCUUCCAAAGUCUGAAAACUUUCUUUAGUCUUCUAAGCCAUGUCAGGUUUAAACACGGGAGAUGGGGACAAGACGUUUAUUUUGCCAAUGCGGUGUUUGCAAACUGUAGAUUUUGUUUUCUGUUUACGUCCAAUAUUUCAAAAAGAGAAAAAAAAGCUCUUCCUCCACUUUGUGCAUCAGCUUUUUCUGGGUUUUUUUUUUUUCCCCCCCUCCCCUCAUUGCCUCCCCUGUCCUGUGCCCCACCUCCCUGCCCUGUUCUGUGCACGCAUUGUUCUGCAUGUUCCUCUGGGGAGACUGAGGAAAUCGCGGUGUUGCUGAUCCGAUAGCUCUGACCUGUCUGUAAAUGUGACUGCUACAUUUUUCAAAUUCCACAGUUGCUUAGAAGAUGAUUUUUUUAAAAAUUGUGGUUUCUUUUAUAACUAUGCUGUUGACUCUUUUUUUUUUUUUCAUAAUGAGCCUUCAUUGUACAGAGCUGCUUAUUUAAAAAAACAAAAACAAAAUCAAAAAAAAGUUUUUCCUCUGUUUAACACUUAUUUUAUUCUUCAGCACCUCAAGGUUUCACAUACAGCCAAUGUAAUUUUUUAUAUAAAUAUAUAUAUAUAUAUUUAAUCUUAUUCAAUGGAAAGCCAAGCUUUUUUUUCAGGUUUUUUUGUUGUUUUCUUUUUUUAAUGUUUGUUGCUAUGUAGGCAACCCCAUCCCAAAUGAUGUUGUUUUUAUCUUUUUUUUUUUUUUUUAAUAAUGAAACAGAAACUGAGUCUUAACUCAUGUAGUGUGUCAGGUUUUCUUUCCCCCCUUCAAAUCCCAGACUGUAUGAAGAUGCAGUAUGGGAAGGAAGAAGAAGAAGAAGAAAAAAAAAGAAGAAAAAAUAUGCCAACAUUUUCCUUAGCACUGUUGCUUUUACCAAUGGUUUACUACUACUGUUCUGUAGCUGUGUACAAAGAGAUGUGAAAUAAUUUCAGGCAAAAAUAAACUGUAAGUGAGUAUCUUUUA